UGGCGACUAGUGGUUGCAUAAUUGAAUUGCGGGCAAAUGAAUCGCAACACACAAAUGCUUGCAUUGACUUAGAGGGUAGCUACUCAUUAGUAGCUUAUACUUUAUAGCUUUGAUUUAAAGUGAUCAUCUGCUACAUAAAGUAGAGAUAAAUCUCCGUCAUACGCGGCCUAAUCGACAGCAAGCCAUGUCAGAGGAUAUUUAAUCUGUAUCCGGGCUGUAGUAGCUUAGAAGGAACCGUCAGAAGCUGAUCAUGCCCUCUACAUAAAAAUCUAGCGAUAAACUAAACAAAAUUGAGUUUCCGCGGUUGGUGCUUUGGGAGGAGUUGGAGGACAAAUUAAUUAAACUCAUACUUGUUUGCAAAAUCUGACGUCCGCCAACCUGGCCCUACAACUAACAUGCCUAGAUACUAGCAUUGCUUUCUUUAUUCAUGUAGAAUCCAGCUGUGGCAUAUCACCAAAAAUUAACCAUCACCCUGGAUCGAUCUGAAUUAGGAAGCCCAAGCAGGAGUACCUCGCAAAAUAACCCAGCCACCAGCACCAAAUCAAACUGAGCUAAAGCAGCAAGCUAAUUAGCACCCCAUUAUUGAGCUAGUGCUAGUUGAUGAGACCAGAUGCAUGGACACGAGACAUACCCAUUUUGGAAACAGGGGUGAAGGAGCACCAACUGAGCAGUGUGCGGGGGACCAACCAAACUCGAGGAGGCGGCACGACUGAUCCCCCAAAUUAGUAGUAUUCCCAUCAACUCUCAAAAGCCUUAGAGGAGACAAGAUAUUUUCGAAGAGAGCACACCCUACAUCAUGCUAUGCUAGUACUGUACUUAUUUAAUAAAGUUCAGGAUGAGAAGGGCCCGGCGGCCCCAGCGCCCAUUUUGUUAAAGCUUAAGCCAUGUCUGUCUCGUUUUCAUUUGAUCCCGUCUACUCGGGUGCUUAGAUUAAUCCACCGUACGUACCUGCACCAGUGACACGCGAGCGCGACCAUAUUCCGGUGGUGUUUAGCUGGCUGGCGGCACGCUCUCAAUCGGGUCCAUGAGCUCCAGCUUUACAUUUUUCUAGUAGCAACCAGUGUUUUGUACUAAUCUCCCAGUGUACAGUUGAUCGAGGCACGACCGAUCAUGGUAGCAACAGCAAGUAUGAGAGGAACAAGAGCACUCACAAGUGGACAACCUGCUCUACUAGCUCCUACCCUGCGGCCAGAACGAGAGGAACAAGCUUGAGAGAGACCACACCCACAGGCCGCCAGAUGGUCGAGGCAGUUGGGUUAGCUGAGUUUUUGAUGCGAUCGCCAAUCUCCUCCUCCUUUUGCACUGUUGGAUCACGCCGCUGGUCCAAAAGGCGGCAGAGGUUUAAUUAGAUAUAUCACCGGAAAAUCUCACGCGAUGGCGAUGCCAAGAAGGCCGGGGAUCGAGAUUUAUAUAUUUAGUCUGUGCGGUGAAGGAUCAGCAAGCAAUUUGACACUUGUCCCGCUCUCAGAGCGCCUGACACGUCUAUAUAUGCUAACACGGAGCAGGUAAGCAAAGCAUCACAUGGGUUUAUUAGUCUAGUAGCUCAUGUCCUCCUGUCACGCACGCUGCCCAUAAUUAGCAAGCAUAGAGACCUAAUUGGCAAGCCGGGCCCUCGUCUCUGCAAGCAACCACGCCUGCCUGCCUGCCUUUUGAGGGAUUUUGACGUCUGUGCCUCUGUCUCGACCUGUGGGUGAGUGAGAGUAGAGGGGCUUAUCUCAGUCUGGGAGGAGAGCAAGUGAGCAGCAUGGACGGCCUGCACACGGAGCUGGCGCUGGGGCUGAUCGGUUGCGGCCACGGCGAGCUCCAGACGGCGCCGUUCGUGGCAAAGACAUACCAGAUGGUGUGCGACCCCAGGACGGAUGCUUUCCUCCGGUGGGGGAGGGGCAACAACAGCUUCCUCGUCGCCGACGUCGCCGGCUUCUCCCAGCUCCUCCUGCCCUGCUUCUUCAAGCACGGCAACUUCUCCAGCUUCGUCCGUCAGCUCAACACAUACGGCUUCCGGAAGGUGCACCCGGACCGGUGGGAGUUUGCGCACGAGUCGUUCCUGCGCGGCCAGACGCGCCUGCUGCCACGCAUCGUUCGCCGCAAGAAGCGCGGGGAGGGCGGUGCCGCCUCCUGCUCCUCCACCGUCGACAAGCAGGAUAUGGCAGAGGAGAUUGAUGAGGACGAAGAGGGGAGCGAGGCGCUGCUCGAGGAGGUACAGCAGCUGCGGCAGGAGCAGACGGCCAUCGGGGAGCAGCUGGCGCGGAUGAGCCGGCGCCUGCAGGCAACGGAGCGGCGGCCCGACCGGCUCAUGGCCUUCCUCGCCAGGCUCGCCGAGGAUCCCGACGCCACGUCUGCCCACCUACUCGAACAGAAGAAGCGCCAGCGCAUGCACUUCCCUGCCUCUCCAAUCGCGCUUCCUCUUCAGCCGCCACAGCCGCCACCGUUGCUGGCGAUGGCCGAGGGUGCAGUUGAUGACGGAGUCUGGCAAUGGGCGCCGGAGCCGAGACUCACGACCUUCGAGCAGCCCACCGGCAGCUCCACAUUGCAGCAGGUGCCGGAGUUCGAUAGGGGCGGCGGCGGCAUGGGCAUAACUGAUGGUGGGACUGCGGUGGAGACGCCCUUCCCGUUCUGCCUACUUGGCGAGUGUUUCUUCUAAACAUGGAGCAUCAUGCAUGCACAUGCACCACCUUGCUAGUUUUAGCAAUCAUUUGUACACACCUGCAAAAUAUUUUUUUUCUCCGUGUUCUGAUUAUUCUUACAGGGCACAUAUACUAGAGAGUACAUACUGCUAAACUGUGUAACAUUUUGCCUAGUGCGCCAGCUAGAGUAACGAUCGGUCGACCAUGCGUGGUGUCAAUUACUACAGUACA